AUGAACGUGCUCCACUCGGUGAAGGACUACGUGACUAACGUGUUCAACGAACACGACUCGCGCGCAGGAGCGAUCGACGUCGUGGCUGUGCAACAACCGGAUGGGUCGCUGCUCUGCUCGCCGUUUUGCGUGCACUUUGGCCCAUUGCACAAUAACGUCAAGCAGGACGAGAGACGGCAUGUGGCGGUUGAAGUCAAUGGUCAAGUUGUAGACAGUGUGCAGCUGAAGGUGGGGGUUGAUGGAGAGGCCUAUUUUGUGCAUCCAGUGCACGACAGCGUCGAUGAAGACGAUUACGUGACCUCAUCCGCGUUGCUAAGUCCUGACGGUAGUAGCGUAGGGGACACGAGUGAAGUGGAUGCGAGCGACUCGUUUGUUGCAAACGACAAUGGCUUUGAACCCGAAGAGGAAGAUGCUGAACAGGGGCUGAGACGAUGGACGUGGGGAUCGAGCAUGCAGCCAGUUGCAGUAUCUGACACAGAAGGUGCAGUACGAGAGGACAAAUGGCGGCCGAUGCUUGGAGAGAGCGCGUCCAUGUACUUUGAUGCCGUGGACAUUGAAGCUGCAGACAGAGACGAUGUCCAGAACUUCUGCAAUCAUCCGUCCAUGUCGCUCUGUGGUCAUUUGCUGGAUGAAGUCAAAGUAGAGGAAGACGUGCAUCGUGUUUUCACUGAGCAUCUCGUCACGUUUGACGUGUUCCGAGCAAACGCAGCAUGUAUCCUGACAGACCCGAGGUUGCGGUUUUUCGUGGAUGGGAAAGUGGCGUUGUAUGAUGCAGACAUGCAAGCGUACCUCACUUCUCGCGUGUUGUUCCCGUAUGCUCACCAUUUGCCAGUAGCUGCUUCACCACGAGGUGUCAACAAAGACACGAAUGUAUUGGACACAUUGACAGAUCUGCAGGUAGCCACUGCAGCAGGUCAAGUCGAGGUUUAUGACGAUGGCGAUAAGCAUACCGAGUCUGCAUUUACUGCUCGCGCUGUACUUGUGCGUGAACCUGUUGCAUUGGCCUCGUCCGACAAAGUUUGCAGCGAUGACGGUGCUUCGACUCAAGAUACUGCUAGCGUUACUAGCGAGUCAUACUGUCGACAGAGCUUGAGACCUACUCAAGAAGAACUGCUGGCAAUGGGGUUGCGCGUCGGUACCAACGAGAUCGCGUUUGUGCUACGAUCUCUUCACGCGGCAAACGAAGUGACUCGCGUCACGGCGAAUGUGUACCUAUGGCCCGUGACAGCAAAGAUUGUGAUUGCUCAGAUUGAUGGAGCGAUCUCGAGUCGAGCUGCGACUGGCAGCAUGUUUAAGCGCAGGGAUCCAGCUGCCAUGCACCCCGGAGCAGUCGAGUUUUACGCAAACCUGGUACAAAGCGGCUAUCAGGUCGUGUACGUCACGUGUCGCGGUCUCUCGCAGACCAAGUUGAUCGACACGUUGCUGAGUCGAAAGAAAAUUGGAGAGGAUGGAGAGAGAAUGGCACUACCGAUGGGUCCUGUUCUGUUUGCACCCGACUGCUUUCUCACAACAAGGUCGACCAAGAAGACUAUGGACACUUCAGCUUUCCAAGUGGAUGCUCUCGAUGCUUUGCGGUCUCUCUUUCCUCGCUGUGUCAACCCGUUCUACGCGGCAUUUGGCACAACUCGGGCUGAUAGCAGUGUGUUUUCGCAACUGGGUGUGUUUGCAGGGAAGGUGUUUAUUGUCGACGCUACGAGCGGAAGGCUACGACAUAAUUAUUUGAUGGACUUCCAGGAGUCGUACGAAAGCCUCGUGCAUCGAAUGGACACUAUGUUUCCACCCGUUUACUCGCCGAUGAUACAGAUCUCCAACUCUGUCCAACUAAGUGCCGAGUUAGCCAUGGAACCACUUCAGAGGAUGAGUACACAUCUAGGUGCAUCGUUGAUCAAGAACAAAGAACGUUUCGUGUCCGACGCAGUGGCGUCGUUAGUCCGAACACGAAGUCUUGCGGACGAGGCGUUCAACGACGUCAACUUUUGGCGCAUUGAGCCAGGCAUUGUCGACGCCGUCGGUGGCGCUACUGAUUAA